AUGGCGAUCACACCUGAUCAAUGGCGAAUCCGUAAACAAAUUGCUGCGUCGUUUGUAUUUCGCCUGGCGGUGUACGCUGCUGCGUAUUGUCUACCCCUACCAACGCCGGUCUUACCAACGGUCUUCGAUCGUCUUAUAUUCACCCUGCGAUGGCUGACAUUGGACGUAUUCACCCUAUUCAUGAUAAUUAUCGUGGUGGCAAACACACGUUUCUCAACCUCGCAGAUUAAUCCAUUGUCCAAGAAAGACAUUCAGUAUGUAGAAAUACAUGGUCGAUGUCUACAGAACACCCUGGAACAGCUGAUAAUCGGUGCGUUUGGUAGACUGGCGCUGUGUACUUUCCUCGGAAAUGACGGUAUGAGUUAUGUACCCGUAAUGACGUUCAUGUUUGUACUUGGGAGGAUAACUUUCUGGAUCGGAUAUCUGAAUCACCCGUUAAACAGAGGGUUUGGUUUCGCCACCAAUAUGGAAGAGAACAUGAUAAUAUACCUAUUGCUGGCGUACUAUCUAAUUGUGUAUGGACCGAUGUAUGGACUGGGGACAUAG